AAUGGGAGAGAGAGCAACACAGAGAACGAGGGGAAAAAGAGAGAGAGAGAGACCUCCAUCCUUCCUGGUGGGAGGUUUUGAGAUGCGCAUCUUCCUUCCUGCCCCUCCCUCUCUUUCCCUCUCUCUCUCCUCCCUCCAUGUCGUCCUCCUCCUCUUCUUCCUUCCUCCUCUCGGUGUUCGUCUAGUCAGAGCCGGCCUAGCGUCCUAAGCCCGAAGCCCGAAGCCCGAAGCCCGGAACCUUGGAGCCUCACGGGGAAGACAUCUGGGCGCGAGCCGGCCGAGGCCCCACUUACUUGGCCGGGCAAUGCUGCGCUAAGCUAGCCGCCGUUUGCGCACUUCCUGCCGGCUUGGCUUUGUGCUGAGGAAAGGGGUUGGCGGUGGGGGGGAAUGUAGAAGAGAAGGUGGGACCCGAAGCCGCGUCUGCUCUGUGCCCGUCCGCCGAGCGGCCUCUUUGCCAGGCUCCCCCCUCACACAAGAUGUCGACCAGGACGCCUUUGCCCACGGUCAACGAGCGUGACACCGAGAACCAUUCGUCGGUGGACGGCUUCGUGGAGCCCCCGGUUCCCCCGACAAAGUCGGCGAGUCGCCACAGCCUGCCGCGAUGUCGCAACUCUUUCACCUCCGCGGAGGAGCACCCGCACAUCGGGAACUACCGCCUCCUCAAGACCAUCGGGAAGGGUAAUUUCGCCAAGGUCAAGCUGGCGCGACACGUCCUGACUGGACGAGAGGUGGCAGUGAAGAUUAUAGAUAAAACCCAGCUGAAUCCCACCAGUCUACAAAAGCUCUUCAGAGAAGUGCGAAUAAUGAAGUUACUGAAUCAUCCAAAUAUUGUAAAAUUAUUUGAGGUGAUUGAAACGGAGAAGACGCUGUAUUUGGUGAUGGAGUACGCCAGUGGCGGUGAGGUGUUUGACUACCUGGUGGCCCAUGGUAGGAUGAAGGAGAAGGAGGCCAGGGCCAAGUUCAGGCAGAUUGUGUCUGCUGUGCAGUAUUGCCACCAGAGGAGGAUAGUUCACAGGGAUCUGAAGGCCGAAAAUCUGCUAUUGGAUGCAGACAUGAACAUCAAGAUAGCAGACUUCGGCUUCAGCAACGAGUUCACCGUGGGCAGCAAGUUGGACACCUUCUGCGGUUCCCCACCCUACGCCGCCCCGGAACUCUUCCAGGGAAAGAAGUAUGACGGACCAGAGGUGGACGUGUGGAGCCUUGGGGUCAUCCUCUACACACUGGUCAGCGGCUCCCUGCCUUUUGACGGACAAAACCUCAAGGAGCUGAGAGAGCGGGUCCUGCGGGGAAAGUAUCGCAUCCCCUUCUACAUGUCCACAGACUGUGAAAACCUGCUGAAGAAACUACUGGUGCUCAACCCGGUCAAACGUGGCAGUUUGGAGCAAAUCAUGAAAGACCACUGGAUGAAUGUGGGUCACGAGGAGGAGGAGCUGAAGCCGUACAUCGAGCCCGAGGCCGACUUCAGCGACUCGUCCAGAAUAGAGCUCAUGGUGACCAUGGGCUUCCCUAAAGAUGAGAUCACAGAGUCCUUACAAAGCCAGAAGUACGAUGAUGUCAUGGCCACUUAUCUGCUGCUGGGAAGAAAAGCACCAGAGUUCGAAGGGAGCGAGCCCCUGACCAACAGCGUCCUGGCCCAGCGGCAGCGGCCCACCAGCGACAUCAACAACGGCUCCAGUAUUUCUCCCGCCCAUCCCAAAGUCACGCGCAGCAUCUCGGCCAAUCAGAAGCAGCGCCGCUACAGUGAUCAUGUGGGUCCCUCCGUGCCACCGGCGGUGUCGUACACGCGGCGCGGCCAGGCCAUGAGCGUGGAGAGCGACCACCGAGAGGAGUGGGACGGAGCCCGCCGGCUGGAGCUCAGCACUUCCAAGGGAGACGUUUCCGCCUCGCCACUGGGAGUGCAGGAGAGGAAGAAAACCACAAGUGGUGUCGGGACCAACGGAUCUAUGACUCGCAGGAACACGUACGUGUGCGAGCGAGCUUCCACUGAGCGCUAUUCGGCCAUUCCUAAUGGCAAAGACAGCAGUUUAACCGAGGUGUCGGGCAGCACGCCGUCGACCGCAGUGACCUCCACGCGGCCUCGUCACAUCAAGUCCAUGUCAUCUUCAGGACACCCUUCAAAGAGCACACUGCCCCCCAUCGAUGACAACACAGAGUUGAAAUCCAGCUCCUCUCCAAGGGGUCCCUCCACCUCUCCCUCCGCACACAGUAUUAGCACCCCCGAGAAGAACCGCUUCCCGCGGGGCACCACCAGCCGCAGCACCUUCCACGGCGCCCAGCUGCGAGACCGCCGCAGCGCCACCUACAACGGGCCGCCGGCCUCGCCCACGCUGUCCCACGACACGGGCGCCUUGGCGCAGCAGCGACGGGGCACCUCCACCGGCAUCAUCAGCAAGAUCACCUCCAAGUUUGUCCGCAGAGCUCUAUCUUUCAGGUCCACUCGGAGGGUGCCCAGUGAGGGAGAGGCCAGUGCUAGGACAGAAACACCCAGGAGCGCGUCGGGCGACCCCAAGGAGGACGGCGGGCGGGACUCCAAGCCACGCUCGCUGCGCUUCACCUGGAGCAUGAAGACCACCUCGUCCAUGGAGCCCUCCGAAAUGAUGCGGGAGAUCCGCAAGGUCCUGGACGCCAACAGCUGUGACUACGAGCAGCGCGAGCGCUUCCUGCUGUUCUGCGUGCACGGUGACGCGCGCCAGGACAACCUGGUCCAGUGGGAGAUGGAGGUGUGCAAGCUGCCUCGCCUCUCCCUCAACGGCGUGCGCUUCAAGAGGAUAUCGGGCACGUCCAUCGCCUUUAAGAACAUCGCCUGCAAAAUUGCCAAUGAGCUCAAACUGUGAUGCAAAAAAGCAACAACAACAGCAACAAAAACCAUGGGCUCAUCUCAACACUGGAUUCAUGCACUGUACGUCCUCGCUGCGCAUUAUCAGGGUGGCCUCGGCUGGUAGCGUGCAAUACUGGCCACGAAUGUACUGCACGGAGGAGAUCGCCUCGUUCGACCCUGUGUGACGGAUUACAGCGACAUCCUUUUCAUUUGUUUGAAACUGUCCGUCCAGGCCUGUGUGUGUGUGUGUGUGUGUGUGUGUCUCUCUCUCUCUCUUUCAAGGGACACGUAACAUGCAGUACGCAGCUGAACACCCUGCAAUAAAUAUUUUUGAGUUUGUUUUCUAAAUGACUACUACCCGAUCUGACGCUGAAUAACUAAAACUAGCCGCUUUUUCCACCCGUGUUCCGUGCAUAUGUAGAGCAGGCUGGAGCUCAUACUAAAAACUAUGUAAAAAGAAUUGUACUGUAUGCAUAACAUCUGCAGGUACUGUAUAUUGAUUUUUGAGUUGUGUACAGAUUUUCUUUCAUGGGAUUUCUUGUUUUUGUUCCUAAUAUACUGUACGUGACAUCUCUUAGAGGAUUAUUAUCCUUUUUUUGGUCUGUGUUUUUUUUUUUUUUAAUUUUAUUUUAUUAUUUUUUUUUUAAAGAAGCCACCCUUUGAGAAUAGUGUUUUUCAUUUUAUUUAAAGAGCACUAAAUUAUUUUGCGGAAUAUGAAAGGGAUACAUUCCCUUACCUUUCGUGUUCUAUUUUGUUUGCCUGUGGAGGACAUUUAAAAAAACAAAAAAAAAACACUAAGUUGCACCACAUAGUAGUAAAACUGAAAAUGUGUUCACUUUAUUUUUUCUGGGCAGUAGGGGUGUGAAGUGGAGGGCCCUGCUGCACUUUGCACAAGUUUUCUCAGUAUGACAGUAUGCACCUGUUGUUUCUUCCCUUCCUCCAAUAAAAUUUGCUCAUCCUCAGUUCCAUUAAAAGCGGGAUUUGAAUCUGUUCGCCAAGAAGCAUGAGAAGUCAAAACAAAAAGAAGAAGAUAACGUUCGUUGUCGUUCCUGCAUCUCCACCAGUGUGAAACUUGUGUAUCUCCUUUUGUUUUUUGUUUAUUUUUUUGUUCAUCCAGCAAAUUUUAUUGUAUUUAUUCCAUUACAUUGUAAUGUGCUGCUUUGUAGAAAUGAGGUGUGCACUUUGUUGGAGAAAAUAAAAAGGAUUUUAUUUGUUUGUA